AUGGCAUACCCGUACCCCCCAUCUCCAUACACACCGGGCUCUUGGUCUAGAGAACAAGAUGAGAACUAUUUCGCUAACCUGCAGCUUCCGCCAACUCGUCCGCUCAUAUCUUACGUCUAUACGGGGCAUACAAGCACGAAUAACAUUCUGACAGGGAUCUUACCAGAGCAGACAAGGUUUUAUGCAUGGUCCGACUUUCAUAGGAAGGUGAGAACUGCACGAAGGGAUUCCAAGAAUACCAUCGCUUCUUUAUCCGGCACCGAAAGUGCGGCGGUUGGAGGCAUGUUUGAUGGAGCUAAAUGGCAAUUAACACGUAAUUACAUCAUUACCACAGAGGCUGAUACGUCAUCUAUUGUUUUGAAUGCUUCUAGUUCUGUGGCUCGUGUUUACGGAAAGCUCGACCAUAAUCAAAUACUCAUUAGCUGUGGUCACUAUGCAACUAUGCCAUCUGAUGUGUUCCGGUAUGGUGGGGCACCACAGAUUGAUUUGGUCUUCCGUCGUUCCCUGGGCACUGUUGCUUCGGGAAGUCAUCACCGGAAUCAAGAACCAGUCAUCCUAGUGGCAGGAGAGGUCAAAAGGCCUUCAAUGCCGCUCACUCACAUUCUUGUUUCUGGGAAUACUGCGGAGCAUGUUGCCGCAGCACACAAUGACGGAUACAAGGCAGGGGGGAAGACUUGGUACGUGAGAAUGAUGUCGCAGGCUUUGACGUACGCCAUGCAUACGAAAAAUGGGUGCGUCUUCUUAACAAACCACAACCAGGCCAUGUUCAUGAAGGUUGGAGCGCAAAGCGGGAGGAGGGGAUGGAAAAUGAUGGUUAAAGUUUCCAGGCUUUACAAAUGUAACGCAGACGAGUCUUCGUUCCAUGGCAUCAUCGCGAUACUCCGUGAAAGCGAUCUAGGCUCUGACGGUAGAGGCGAGCUUCGAGCAGCCUACAACUAUUUUCAACAGACCCUCCUGGAGGAGAGCCCGCGUGAAAGCUCGAGACGCGAUGAAACCAAUCGCAAUGCCCCGAAAGCCAAGAAGAGAACAACGGGGCGGGGUUCUCGUGCCAAUAGGGCCGCAUCCGGCCGUAGUGGCACCACUGUCGCGAAUAUGGUAGCAUCCAUCCAGGAAGAGAAUGGGAUUGCGAAAAUCAAGAACAGUCCCUUUUUUCUACGAUGUGCGUCAACGCUGUAUCAGCCAGAAGUGAUCGAGCGUUUGAUGGGGGCUUCUGACGAUAUCAUCAGGAUGGCCAAGAACUUGACGGUAUCUCGGGGCUUUAAUGACGUGGCUGACAUGGCAGUGGCUGCGAAGUAUUGGAACGGCGCUAGGAAACACAGACAGCAGAUGGUCUCGAAGGAAGCUGAGUUGUACAAGGAAGUCGCCGAAAGAUGUCCGAACUUGUUCUGGGCAGUUUUAAUGGGUCAGGUGACAUUAUGGAAAGAACCGGCCACAGAAUCUGCGGUCAUAGCAGAGCACUGGGGAGAAUCUUUGAGAAUAGAAAGGAACAGAAAUGGGUUUAACGCAGUGUUGGAGUGCGGCCAUAUUGCGUAGGACAGCAAAGACUAUGAAUUGUGUCUUGUGUCAAGACAGCAAAUGCCCUCAUAUCAUAUCAUUUUUUGUGAUAAUACCUAUACACGUAUACACGUAGUACACAUCACACACGGAUAUCGUGUCACCUACGACGGCAAGUGGCCGCCGUACUUAGUGUAGAGGGAGCCGGAUCAGAGAGUAAACGAAGGGUAUCGUUCCUGCA